AUCAAGGUCUGGGACGCGGCCACGGGCGAGUGCGUCGCGACGCUGGAUGGGCUUUCGAGGGCGGUCAACUGCGUCGCCGUCUUCCCCGACGGCCGGCGCGUCGUCUCCGGGUCGGGCGACAAGACGGUCAAGGUCUGGGACGCGGCCACGGGCGAGUGCGUCGCGACGCUGGCCGGGCAUUCGGAUGAGGUCUGGUGCGUCGCCGUCUUCCCCGACGGCCGGCGCGUCGUCUCCGGGUCGCACGACAAGACGGUCAAGGUGUGGGACGCGGCCACGGGCGAGUGCGUCGCGACGCUGGCCGGGCAUUCGGAUCUGGUUAACGGCGUCGCUGUCUUCCCCGACGGCCGGCGCGUCGUCUCCGGGUCGAGCGACAAGACGGUCAAGGUGUGGGACGUGGCCACGGGCGAGUGCGUCGCGACGCUGGCCGAGCAUUCGAAUUACGUCUGGAGCGUCGCCGUCUUCCCCGACGGCCGGCGCGUCGUCUCCGGGUCGUGGGACAACAUGGUCAAGGUGUGGGACGCGGCCACGGGCGAGUGCGUCGCGACGCUGGCCGGGCAUUCGGGGAACGUCAUCGGCGUCGCCGUCUUCCCCGACGGCCGGCGCGUCGUCUCCGGGUCGGUCGACCAAACGGUCAAGGUCUGGGACGCGGCCACGGGCGAGUGCGUCGCGACGCUGGAAGGGCAUCGGGGGCCGGUGUGGCGCGGCGUCUUCUCUGCUGUUUUUCUUGUUGUGUGUUAUCUUCCUGGCUUUUAG